GCUGCGUCCACCGCCGGGCGUUUUGGCGCGGCGGCCUUCGCCGGCGCGGCCGUCACGGCGUCGUACGCGCCCACGAGGUUUCGCAGCUGUUCCUCGAGUUCUUCGAGCGUUGGCGCGGGCCCGCGCAGCGCGUAGUUCGUUUCUACGACGGCGGAAGCCAUCCGUUCGCAAUUCAGUUGGCCCCCAGCAGCAGUGAUUUCAAAAUGUGUGCGGCCACGCCGUGCGAGCGGCUGGUACGGGGCGUCUAUUAGCAAUUUGUGGCCACGUAAACGAAACCAAUCUCGCUGGUAGCCAGUAGGUAGCGCAAAAUCUCGUGCGCUUUCAUAUUUUUGCUAGCGUCCUGUAAGACACUAGAAAAGCCGACAAGCGCAGCUGCAUGCCUAGCUGAGCAGCGUGGGCUGUACGCGCAGGACCGGUACUGGCAGCACUCGUACAAUGCUCCUCGCACGCCUCGCAAGAAGCACAAGGCCCGCGGUCCGGCGCUUCGCCGCCGACGUGCCCGCCGCGCAAGCAGCACUGCCGCGCACCAUCCCUGAUGAAGCGCUGGACUUCGAGAUGCGCAUGUAUGUCCACGCCGGGCGCAAAUUACCCGUCCCGGAAGCACACAUGAUUUCGGAGUAUAAGGUGAAGCUGCGCGUCAAAAUAGAGGACCUCGGCCUCGACGACAUCGGCGCGGCGCGCCUCGCGUAUUUGACGGGCCCGCGCUUCGACGCGGCGCGGGGCGUGCUGACGCUGACGGCGGAGCGCUUUCCGUCGAGGACGGAGAAUCGGCGCUAUCUCAUCCACCAGCUCGAGCUCUUGAAGCGGGCGGCGUCUGAGGCCGACGACGAGUUCGACGCGGCGUGGCGGCGGCGGGAAGAAGAUGAGUAAGUUCUGUUGUUGCGUA